CGGGCUGCAGCGGCGCAGGCGCCGGGCCGAGCCGAGCGCCGAGCAGGGAGCGGGCGGCUGUGCUCCGGGGCCGGGGUCCCGGGGGAGCAGAUUCUCCUCACAAUGGCCCUUGGUGCUGCAGGCGCAGUGGGCUCUGGGCCCGGGCACCGAGGGGGCACUGGAUGACUCCCCCGCUGCAGGACCCCGCCACCUAUGACUCCAGGCCUUCAGCACCCACCCGCCGUGGUACAGCGCCCCGGGAUGCCGUCUGGAGCCCGGAUGCCCCACCAGGGGGCGCCCAUGGGCCCCCCGGGCUCCCCGUACAUGGGCAGCCCCGCCGUGCGACCCGGCCUGGCCCCCGCGGGCAUGGAGCCCGCCCGCAAGCGAGCAGCGCCCCCGCCCGGCCAGAGCCAGGCCCAGAGCCAGGGCCAGCCGGUGCCCACCGCCCCCGCGCGGAGCCGCAGUGCCAAGAGGAGGAAGAUGGCUGACAAAAUCCUCCCUCAAAGGAUCCGGGAGCUGGUCCCGGAGUCCCAGGCUUAUAUGGACCUCCUGGCUUUUGAGAGGAAGCUGGAUCAAACCAUCAUGCGGAAGCGGGUGGACAUCCAGGAGGCCCUGAAGAGGCCAAUGAAGCAAAAGCGGAAGCUGCGUCUUUAUAUCUCCAAUACUUUUAAUCCUGCGAAGCCUGAUGCUGAAGAUUCUGAUGGCAGCAUUGCCUCCUGGGAGCUGCGGGUGGAGGGGAAGCUUCUGGAUGACCCCAGCAAGCAGAAGCGGAAGUUCUCUUCCUUCUUCAAGAGUUUGGUCAUUGAGCUGGACAAAGACCUUUAUGGCCCCGACAACCACCUCGUUGAGUGGCACCGGACACCCACCACCCAGGAGACGGAUGGGUUCCAGGUGAAGAGGCCGGGGGACCUGAGUGUCCGCUGCACACUGCUCCUCAUGCUGGAUUACCAGCCUCCCCAAUUCAAACUGGACCCCCGCCUGGCUCGGCUGCUGGGCUUGCACACGCAGAGCCGCUCGGCCAUCGUGCAGGCCCUGUGGCAGUACGUGAAGACCAACAGGCUGCAGGACUCACAUGACAAGGAAUACAUCAAUGGGGACAAAUACUUCCAGCAGAUUUUUGAUUGCCCGCGGCUCAAGUUUUCAGAGAUUCCCCAGCGCCUCACAGCUCUGCUGUUGCCCCCCGACCCCAUUGUCAUCAACCACGUCAUCAGCGUGGACCCGUCCGACCAGAAGAAGACGGCGUGCUACGACAUUGACGUGGAGGUGGAGGAGCCACUGAAGGGACAGAUGAGCAGCUUUCUCCUGUCCACGGCCAACCAGCAGGAGAUCAGCGCUCUGGACAGUAAGAUCCAUGAGACGAUUGAGUCCAUAAACCAGCUCAAGAUCCAGAGGGACUUCAUGCUAAGCUUCUCCAGAGACCCCAAAGGCUACAUCCAAGACCUGCUCCGCUCCCAGAGCCGGGACCUCAAGGUGAUGACAGAUGUGGCAGGCAACCCCGAGGAGGAGCGCCGGGCUGAGUUUUACCACCAGCCCUGGUCCCAGGAAGCCGUCAGCCGCUAUUUCUACUGCAAGAUCCAGCAGCGCAGGCAGGAGCUGGAGCAGUCGCUGGUUGUACGCAACACCUAGGAGCCCUGUGAAUGAGCGCCACUGUGGGCCUCCGGCCCGGCCCCCGGGGGGGCUCUGCUGUCACUCCCGUGACACCCUCCGGGUGAGGCGGGGAACGAUUAAAGGUCAUGCAUCUGA